AUGGAUUCCGAUACCAACUUCACCCACUCCGCCUCUGAGGGCUAUACGACGCGCAUCAUGGACAUCACCGUCGCCAUGCCUGCGACCCUUCCCACCCUGUCCAUGCUGCUGUCUCUCCUUGCAGGCUACCUCGUCCUGUGCCAUUCUCUCCGCUUCAGACGCAUCAAUAACCUCCAGAAGCGAAUGGGUUACACCGACCGCGCUUCCCUCGCGCGCAUGACCAACAACGAUGCCCAGCUCAUCCUGAAGCACAUGAUUGAGUUUGAGUUCCCCAAGUUCUACACCUUGGCUCUCCAGUUCGCCAUCUUCAAGACCUACGGCUUCGAGACCAUCUCCAAGCUCAUCGUUGCCACCAAGAACCUCGCCGACCCAAAGAAUGCUCAGAAGCGCUACGAGGACACCGUCAUCAUCUUUGGCGAGUUCUCCAUGAACCCCCCGACCUCGGACCGCUGCCUCAAGGCCAUCUCCCGCAUGAACUACCUCCACAGCGGCUACAAGGCCCGCGGCCAGAUCUCCAACGCCGACUUCCUCUACACCCUCGCCGUCUGCGUCACCGAGCCCACCCGCUUCAUGCAGCUCUACGAGUGGCGCUCCCUCACCGACAUGGAGCUUUGCGCCAUCGGAACCCACUGGAAGGCCCUCGGCGACUCCAUGGACAUCCAGUACAAGGGCUACCUCUCCCAGGACUCGUGGGCCGACGGCAUUGAGUUCGCCCGGGACAUCACCGAUUGGGCCAAGCGCUACGAGAUCGACGCCAUGAAGCCUCACAAGAACAACAUCCAGGCCAGCGCCCAGCUCAUGGAGAUGAUGAUCUGGCACGUCCCCAAGUUUGCAAAGUCUUUUGCCCAGGAGGUUCUGACCGUGCUCAUGGGCGACCGCAUCCGCGACACCUUUUGCUUCGCCGAGCCAGGCAUCUACGCCUCCUUCACCGCCUACGCAGCCCUCAUCGCUCGUCGCUUCGUCGUCCGCCACCUCAUGCUCCCUCGCUUCUCCCCCGUCGUCUUCUUCUCUGAGCCCGAUCCCAAGACCGGACGCAUCCAGCACCAUGAGUACCUCGUCCACCCUCACUACAUCCCCGCCACAUUCUGGAACCGUUUUGGCCCGAUGAGCUGGAUCACUCGCAUCCUGGGCGGCACCGUUCCCGGCGCGGAGAAGAUGAUGCCCGAGGGCUACCUCUUUGAGGACCUUGGGCCCAAGGAGAAGAUGGGCAAGGGCGUGGAGGAGCUGGCUGACGGUGUCGAGGACCUCAAGUCUCGCGGCCGCGGUGCUUGCCCUUUCUCUGGUGCUUGUCCCUACUCCGGCUAG